UGGCAAACUAUGCUGUUGCAGUCUAUGUUCAUUAGAGGUUGGCGCUUCAACUAGGUAGCUUAGCUCAAUGGACGUGUCAUUGCUUCAUAACAAUAUAAAAAAGGCAACAAAGAGUGGGACUGUGCCUGACAAGUAAGUUUCUUUGUGCGUAGUUUCGUGUUAUCCCGGAUUAUUGAAUACACCUUGUUACAAAGCUGUUUCACUUGCUACAAUGUGGGAACAUGAGGAAUUCGAAAGACAUUGGAAGAAGGAAUUUCCAGAUGGGGAAGUGCCGAGAAUGGACAUACACUCGGUGGAAGACAUUGAAAUGGAACUGGACAGAUGUAAAGCCAAUCUCAGAAAAUUGCAGCAGGCACUUGCGGAGGAGAAAUUUAAAGUGAUUUUCCUUCAGACCUCUCUCACCAGAAGUAAGAAAAGUUAUGACCAGAACGAGUCGGAUGUCUACACCAUGAUUUCCAAACCCGAUAAGGCACAACAGAAGCAAGAACAGUCUAUCGAAGUAAAAGAUACGGAACGCCCAGUGCAGCCUGAGAAAGACCCAGUGAUUAAUAAACAAGGAGAAGAUCCCGCUCGAAUUAGUUCAUUUGUUCGAAAUACGCCAGGCAAACCAAGUAAACCAGGUAAACCCAUCCCACCUCCACGUAAACAUCUGAGCUUCCAGAAGGGAGCACCUGCCCCAGCACCUUCCCCAGCACCUACAUCACAAGUUGUUGAUGGCAGCUGUAUUAGCCGUGCCGAGGGUCGUUCUGAUCCCAGCAGUGACCAUGAGUAUGAGGAGGUGGGACUGAACCAGAAUUUUGUCUCGAGAAACCUUGUAAAUCCCAAUGCAAGAGACUCCCAAAGACUGAAUCUGCAAAAGGAUGCACUGCGACAGUUUCGUCUGAGCAAUGAUUUGGACUCCAGUGAUGAUGGAAGGCUUUCACCUUUGGGCAUUCGGUUGGCAGGGGGUUCCGGACGCAGCACUCCAGACAGACGGAGUGAUGGAUAUCUGAGUUCAGAUUCAGACUUCAACUACAAUAACGACGGCUACGAUGGUGAGGGCACAGAGGAUCGGAAGUCCCAGGACGGCUCGGAGACGAUGCCCUUCAUCGACGAGUCCCCCACCAUGUCGCCCCAGCUGUGUGCCCGGGGCCCAGAUGGCGAGGCCGUGUCGCCCACUCCUCCAGAGGGACUCCUCCCAGGGGGAGACAUAGAGAAAGGCCUGGAGAUGAAGAAGCUGGUUCUGUCUGGAUUCUUAGCCAGCGAGGAGAUCUACAUUAACCAGCUGGAAGCCCUGCUGCUGCCCAUGAGACCCCUUAAGGCGGCUGCCACCACCUCCAAGCCGGUGCUCUCCAUGGAGCAGAUCGAGACCAUCUUCUUCAAGAUCCAGGACAUCUUCCAGAUCCACAAGGAGUUCUACGACGCGCUACUCCCCCACAUCCAGCAGUGGGAUGACAAGGUCACCGUGGGACACCUUUUCCAGAAGCUGGCCAGCGAGCUGGGCGUGUAUAAAGCUUUCCUUGACAACUACAAAGUGGCCGUGGAGACGGCAGAGAAAUGUGCGCAGGCCAACGGUCAGUUUCAGAAGAUCUCUGAGAACCUGAAGGUGAAGGGACCGAAGGAUUCCAAGGACCUUACAAGCUCUGUCACAAUGGAAGCUCUCCUGUACAAACCCAUUGACCGCGUGACCAGGAGUACACUAGUCUUACAUGACCUGCUAAAACACACUCCAAAAGACCACCCUGAUUUCCCGCUCCUUCAGGACGCGCUGAGGAUAUCCCAGAACUUUCUGUCCAGCAUCAACGAGGAGAUUGACCCACGCAGGACCGCCGUCACCACGCCUAAGGGAGAGGCUCGUCAGCUGGUGAAGGACGGCUUCCUGGUGGAGGUGUCGGAGGGCUCGCGGAAGCUCCGCCACGUCUUCCUCUUCACCGACCUGCUGCUCUGCGCCAAGCUGAAGAAGACGGCAGUGGGCAAGCACCAGCAGUAUGAGUGUAAGUGGUACACCCCGCUGGCCGACCUCACCUUCCAGACGCUGGACGACGCGGCCGACUCUAUCCCCCACAUCCAGACGCUGCCCGAGCAUGAGCUGGAUGAGAUGAAGAACAAGAUCUGUGUCUUCAAGAGCGAGAUCCAGAAGGAGAAGACAAAGGGACAGAGCCGCGUGGUGGACCGCCUGAGGAAGAAGAUGAACGAGCAGGAGGCAUGUCUCCUUCUGCACUCGCCCUCAAUCCCCUUCCGCAUCCACAACAGAAAUGGCAAGAGCUACUUGUUUCUGCUGUCUUCAGACUAUGAGAGGUCAGAGUGGAGAGAGAGCAUUGAAAAACUGCAGAAGAAAGACCUGCAGGCCUGUGUGCUGAGCUCUGUGGAACUGCAGGUUCUCACCGGAUUCUGUUUCAAACUCAGAACCGUCCACAACAUCCCACUCACCAGCCACAAAGAUGAUGAGGAGUCCCCCGGGCAUUAUGGCUUCCUGCAUGUGAUCGUCCACUCAGCCACAGGCUUCAAGGAGUCAGCCAAUCUGUAUUGUACUCUGGAAGUGGACUCCUUUGGGUAUUACGUCGGCAAGGCCAAGACACGUGUCUUCCGAGACACCACAGAGCCUACCUGGAAUGAGGAGUUUGAGAUUGAGCUGGAGGGCUCCCAGUGCUUACGGAUCCUCUGCUAUGAGAAGUGCUACGACAAGUCCAAGCUCAACAAGGACGACAACGAGAUCGUGGACAAGAUCGUGGGGAAGGGCCAGGUUCAGCUCGAUCCACAGACAGUGCAGUCCAAGAAUUGGCACAUGGAUGUGAUUGAGAUGAAUGGGAUCAAAGUGGAGUUCUCCAUGAAGUUCUCCAGUCGGGACCUGAGCUUGAAGCGGACUCCCUCUAAGAAGCAGAGCGGGGUCUUUGGGGUCAAAAUCAGUGUCGUAACAAAGCGCGAGCGCUCCAAGGUGCCUUACAUCGUCCGGCAGUGCAUUGAGGAGGUGGAGAAAAGGGGCAUCGAGGAAGUGGGCAUCUACAGAAUCUCCGGGGUGGCCACGGACAUCCAGGCCCUCAAGGCAGCAUUUGACACCAAUACCAAAGACAUCCUGGUGAUGCUGAGUGACAUGGACAUCAACGCCAUCGCAGGGACCCUGAAGCUGUACUUCCGUGAACUCCCGGAGCCUCUGCUCACUGACCGCCUCUACCCGGCCUUCAUGGAGGGCAUAGCGCUGUCUGACCCUGCUGCCAAGGAGAACUGCAUGAUGCACCUUCUGCGCUCGCUGCCCGACCCCAACCUCAUCACCUUCCUCACCCUGCUGGAGCACCUGAAAAGAGUGGCUGAGAAGGAGCCCAUCAACAAGAUGUCGCUGCAUAAUCUGGCCACGGUGUUCGGCCCCACCCUGCUGCGGCCCUCAGAGGCCGAGAGCAGCAAGGGCCACGUCACCCUGGCCUCCGACAUCUGGUCACACGACGUCAUGGCACAGGUCCAAGUGCUGCUGUACUACCUUCAGCACCAGCCCAUCUCCUUCAGUGAGCUGAAGCGGAACACCCUGUACUUCUCUACUGAUGUCUAAGUCCCUGAGAGAGACAGAGACUGCUGCGGCAGCUGCCCCCCCUCCCCACCCGGCCUCCCAAACACCACAAUUCUCUUUUACUGCACGGGCCCACACCAGAGGGAGGCCAGGAGCCAUUGAUGACAGCGGGAGGGUGCAGGGACCCUGCGCUCCAUACAUACAUUCAUUCCAUUUGUCACGUCUGUUGGAUGGUCAUCCUCUGUCCAGGGAGCGCCUGUCUGGCGUCCAAACUGGGGAAUAACUGGAGUGGAGCUCCCCUUCCAGACCGGUUCCUCAGAAUCGUGUGACGUUUAUAGUCAGUACACCCCCAAUAUGAUGUGAUUCCCCCAGAAUGCCAAGGGUGAAAUCUGGAUCCGAAACCGUCCAAAUACUUCGGCCCAAGGACACACCUGCCAAAUACCUUCACACAUUCCUUCACUUUGACCGUGCCCCAUCUACAAUCCUCCUCACACACUUUCUCCUCUCUUGUGUCACUUCUCUUUAUGUGAGCGUGCUAGUGUACGCCAACGUAUGUGUGUGUGUGUGUGUGUGUGUGUGUGUGUGUGUGUGUGUGUGUGUGUGUGAGAGAGACACACAUGGGAAGCCAUUCCUCUAAAGGGCUGUGGAGUCUCCAUAGCGAUCCACCUGAGGCCUACUGCGCUGCAGAGGUUGACACCAGCUUGUGGUAGUUAGAGGUUAAUCUCCCACGGGCUUCCCUCCUGCCACGUCCUCUGUCCAGCGAUCAGCUCCUGGGUCCCAGAGCCCUAGGUUUCUCCUUUACGUCUCAUCUUUUUAUCAGCAGAGGCAUUCCAGUUUAAACAACACACACACACACAAAUGGCAUUUACAUAUUUUAUAAAUAUUAUUUGUUCAGUAGUUUAUCAGUUUGCUUUACUUCAUUUCAGCUUUGCGCAUGUGAUUUAGAGGGCAGGGUGUGUGUGUGAGUAAAUGUGCGAUUGUGUGUGUGUGUCUGUCUGUCUGUAUGAUGGACAUGCAUUUGUAUGUGUUGGACUGUGUUCUUUUCUUUUUCUUUUUUGCCGAGGCCUGAGUGGAAACUUGAGCUUCUUGAAGGCAGUGACAGUUUAAGGUCCCCCUUCUCUUACCGUGGGGGAGGUAGGAGUGCAGGCCAGAUUUGCCCUAUUUAUUAUGAAUAUAUUAUGUGUGCCUGUACAGUCCCAUACAACUAGAGAACUUCUCCAUGAUGUCCAUUGUUUGACCGUUUUUGAGUUUUGAGGUAGUGAUGAUUGCUUUCUUUUUUUAUUACAUUUUGACAAUUUAUCAGUGAAUCAUUAUUUUUUAAAAGUUUUCAUGGUAUGCAAUAUUUGUGAAAAAACAAAAGAAUAAAAGAGUCAUGGUUGAUGUAAAAACUUUUUUUUCCCUCCCCUCCAUUCAAAUGGUUGCAAGCCUGAUCCAAGCAUCCAAUGGAACUCCAGUGUAAUCCGUUGGGUGGUUUGUGUAGUUGCCCUCAUUGCAUGUUCAGCUUGUCAGUCAGAUUUUGGGCAGGUGAUAUUCUGGUAGUUUUCCACAGGCUAUUUUUUUUCUACAUCGGCGACCUUUCAUCAGAACUUAAUGCAAAGCCAACUUUUCAGCUUCAAGCCUGUGACAUAUCUUACAAGUAAGCACUGUUAGAUGAGUACGAUUUGAUAUUUUUAAUAUAAGAUUAAAAUAAAUAAAAGGCUGUUGUAUUUUACUUCCUUUGGGGAAGAAUUGAGUAUACUGUAUUAACAAUAAUGGUAAGUGUUGAUGUGAACUUUUUUUGUAAAACAAAUAAAAGUCUAAGAAAAUGGUUA